CCACCCUCACUCGCUCUGCCUCUCUCUCUCUCUCUCUCUCUGACUUGCGCUCACACACUCGCAGAUACCCAGAGGACGCACUGACCGAGAGCCGGACCACACCAAGGAACUUUGUCCGUGCUUCUAUUUAGCAUUUAGGACAAGCCUCUCCUCCCGUCUUGCCUCUCCUUCUCUCCUUGACGCUUCUCCUGCUUUGACAACUUUUCACCUUGAGAGAAGUAAGUGUGCCGGGAGACGAGACAGCCGGACACCGCCGGACGCGCUUCUUCCGUCCCUUUUUCUGACCGCUCCAGCCUCCACGUGCCGCCACCAUGCAGGUGUCCAUCGCCUGCACCGACCACAACCUGAAGGGCCGCAACGGCGACCACGGCAAGCAGAACGCCACCAGCCCCAAUGUGGUGAACGCGGCGCGCGCCAAGUUCCGCACGGUGGCCAUCAUCGCCCGCAGCUUCGGUUCCUUCGCCCCUCGCCACCACAUCUCGCUCAAGGAGUCGACGGGCAAACACACGGGCAUGAAGUACCGGAACUUGGGGAAAUCUGGACUCAGAGUAUCAUGUUUGGGCCUUGGCACCUGGGUGACAUUUGGCGGGCAGAUUUCAGAUGAGGUGGCUGAGCAGUUAAUGACCAUAGCCUAUGAGAGUGGCGUCAACCUCUUUGACACAGCAGAGGUGUAUGCAGCAGGAAGAGCUGAAGUCAUACUGGGGAACAUUAUUAAAAAGAAAGGUUGGAGGCGUUCCAGUCUGGUCAUCACCACUAAGCUCUACUGGGGUGGAAAGGCAGAGACGGAGAGGGGUCUGUCCAGGAAGCACAUUAUUGAAGGUCUGAAGGGCUCACUGCAGAGGAUGCAGCUGGAGUACGUGGACGUGGUGUUCGCCAACCGGCCCGACAGCAACACGCCCAUGGAAGAAAUUGUGAGAGCCAUGACCCAUGUCAUCAAUCAGGGGAUGUCCAUGUACUGGGGAACAUCACGGUGGACAGCCAUGGAAAUUAUGGAAGCGUACUCCGUGGCGAGGCAGUUUAACCUCAUCCCCCCGGUGUGUGAGCAAGCGGAGUAUCAUCUCUUCCAGAGGGAGAAAGUGGAGGUGCAGCUGCCGGAGCUCUACCACAAAAUAGGGGUGGGCGCUAUGACAUGGUCUCCCCUGGCCUGUGGCAUCAUUACUGGGAAGUAUGAGAAUGGCAUCCCUGAAACCUCCAGGGCCUCCAUGAAGUCAUACCAGUGGCUGAGGGAUAAGAUCGUGAGCGAAGACGGCAGGAAGCAACAAGCAAAACUGAAGGAGCUGGGUCACAUCGCCGAGAAACUGGGCUGCACUCUACCACAGCUGGCUGUGGCCUGGUGUCUGAGGAAUGAGGGAGUGAGCUCUGUGCUUCUUGGAACGUCAAACCCCGAACAGCUUACAGAGAAUCUGGGAGCCAUACAGGUGCUCCCAAAAAUGACUUCUCAUGUGGUGUCCGACAUCGACCACAUCCUGGGCAACCGACCUUACAGUAAGAAGGACUACCGCUCCUAGAACCCCCCCUGUGAGACCAUGAGUCUCCUACUUAGUCAGAUGACCGUGAUAACGCAGCUAGUGUGGGCCAUACGGUCUCCGCUGUGUCCCUCCCUGUGCACCCAGACACCCAGCCUCCCCAGGGCUGGGACUCUUAUGCCCCCAAACCUGCAUGCCUAAGCCGGAUAGAAUCGGAGUAACCUAGCCUUCAUCUCAAACAAGCGUACCCCGAGAAAGAGCAUCACACCUGAGCAACAACUGAAGAAGCAGCAUCCUUCAUAUUCAGUGCAAGAGCAGCACUCCUGAGCUUAUUAGAGACGGCUGUACCGUAUUACUAUAUGCAGUCCCCUGUACGGUUGCUACGCACUAGAGCUUUUUAAUGGGGUCGGAUUGGGAAAGGUGGAAUUGUCAAGCAUGUCGCCCUCCUCUGUUGGACCAGGGAACUGCAAUCCCACUUCUGUGUUAAGUCUGAAUGGGCGCCUGACUGUACUGUCUUCUGUGUGCAUCUGCGAAGAGAGCUACACCUCAGCAUUUGCUUGUUUAGUGAAGCCACAUCAUUGACUGCUGACAGGAUGCUGGGGUUAUGCCAGCUACUACCUGAAAUCGUUCAAAGACCCAGUGUUGAGACAAGUCUUGUGCCCAUUUGAAGAGUGUACAUUGCAGGGAGGGAGGGCACAUUGGAGUCAUUUCUCUGUGACUUUUCUAUGUUUUACUUGGAAGGAUGUAAACGUUUUUACAUUGUAAUAUAAGCAAAACUGACCUCAGAACUUUUUUCCUGACGACAGCCACAGUAUUAUAAUCAGCUUAUAAGUAGGUACGUUGCACAACUCCAGAGCGGCACAAGGCAUCUUUAUGGUUGCUUUCCAUGGGGAUCCUACAUCCUUUCAUCAUACUCACGAGAGGUUUGACUGCAAUGUCUUGAAACGGAAUUCUAAAGGAACAGAUGGGAAAACUUGACUGGUAAUCUUUGCCUUUGUCUGAAAGGCUUCCACACAUCAAAGCACUAAAGCUAUGCUGAAAUCAUUUUUAAAUUGUACAUAAUCAGCAGUCCAAUCAACCCAUUUCUCUCUUUAACAAUCUUUAGGAAUACGAGUAACAUAUGUCUAUAAGAUUAUUAUAAACUAAUAUAAGCAUUUCAGUCAAGCAGUUUUCUUUGGUCAAAUCUCUUAGAACAGCUGAAUGAAAAUCUAAAUUACAUGACAUACUGUAAUUAAGCAUUUAACGGUUUGUACAGAACCCAAUCACAACAACAAUCUUCAGAGUUCAGUUCUUUGCUUUUCCAGUCCUCUCCCAAUGAGUGCCUUUAACUUUACCCUUCAUGUACAUAAGGAAUCGGAGAGCCUGAGUCUCCACUUCCUCAUAAGCAUUGGUUUUUAGAAGCUGAUAGUGAUGUAAACUCUCUGUUUCUAUGGUUCAUAAAUGUACAACAGUGUUAACAAGCCAUUAUCUACUUGCAUCAGGGUAUUUUAGCCAUCAUUAUGUUUUUCCUUCUGGUCAUGAAGCAGUGACUUAUGUAAAUAUUUACAGAUAUUUAAAGAUAAAUCCUGUAUUACGCUUGAAAUAAAAUGGAUUAUGCCAACACAUACACUGGCAAUGUGAGUCUUGUUUUUGUGGCAACUUCCAUCACCAAAAGGCAAACAAUGAGCAGAUUAGUCCAGG